AAUGUCAAACAAACUUCACAGAUUUCAAGCAAUAUCUUUUUUAUAGCAACCUGAUUAGUUUAGAUUCAAUAUGUUUAGCUUUUUUAUUGAUUCGCAAAUAUGAAGAAGAUCUUUAAAGUGUUCAAAAAAUCUUCAAGCUCAAGCUCGAGCUCUUCGAGUUCGGACACCGAAAGUGAGCAAGAAAAACCACUCGAGGAGAAACCAGAGGAAAGCCCUUCUACAAAGUCGUGGAGUAUUACCCAUUCAGAUAUUGAAAUACGAAGACCCAAUGAGAAGCCGAAAAGACAAAGGCCAAAAUCAUCCAAGCCAGCUAUACAGAAUGGCAACAUAAGUUCAUCUUCGAAUAAUACAAUACAGAGUGCCAGUGAAGAUGACAAGAGAAAAAGACCAGUGUCACGUCAAUCGAGACCCAAGCAUCACAUCACAGCUAAGAGAAAUGAAAGUGUCAGUAGCUAUCCAGAGGAAAGAGUUAAAGUUGAAUCUAUACCUCCCUGGGAAAUGUUAUGUACAGCCAAUGCAAAACCUCCAAGAGCUUUGACUGUUACAUCUACAAAACAGAAUAAUGAACUUCAGGCAGUUCUUGGCCUUGAGGCAGCACAUGCAGAGGGCCAGUCAUCAACAGAAUGGUUGACAAGGCACAGUGUUGAUGCUAGUUCUUUAUCAAUUGAUGAAAUCCUUAAAUGUGGAAUACGUAUCAAGCCUCCUGAUGGUGAACCUGAUACAGCAUACAUCAAAUACGAUGCUGCAAAACUUCAAGACUUUGAAUUCAAAAUCAACGAAGUCAUCAAACUUUGCCAGGAAAGAAUCAACUGGCUGCUCAAAGGGAGUAGACGGUCAUUUGGUAUGGUCAAAGGCAGCAGAGUUGCACUUUUAGUAGAUGCUUCUGAUGCAAACUGUGGAUAUGGAAGACUAGAGCUUUUCCAGGAAUCAUUGUUGGGUCUUAUUAAUGAGCAACUUGUCAAUAAAGAGAUGUUGUACAUGGUUAGUUUUGGGACUAAAGUGAAGCCACUUUGGGCAGUGGUUAGAGAUGUGAACUUUAGAAUAAUUGACGAAGCUACUUGGUGGGUGAACACAUUAAGACCUUCAGGAGGGUGCAAUCUUCUCGGAGCAUUGAAGACUGUGCUGAAGAGAAGAGAAAUCGAUUCUAUUGUCCUGGUCCUCGGAAACACACCUGAUCAGAAUCCUAAAGUCAUUUGUGAUUAUGUAAGGGAGUCAAUAGCAGGUCGUAAAGUUCCUCUUCAUACAGUUGCAUAUGAUUGUACUGUAUCGGAAACUAAUAUAUUUCUGAGAGAGCUUGCCACUCAAACAAAUGGACGAUAUCACUGUUAUGCCUCAACUAGUGAUGAUCAAAUCAUGUCAGGCACAGACCUUAGUCUUCUUGUCAAGGAGAUGAACAAGGCUAAAGAGGUACUAAUGAAGAUACAUGAGCUUAGAGGGGGAGCACAGAUUCAACACAAAGAGUCAGCAAGGAGAAGAAGUGUAGAAAGCCUUGCCUUGGCAACCAUGCCUUUUGAGACAGAUGAGAGCAUUGUACUUGGAUCUCAAUUUACUGACAGCUCACCACUUGUGGUUGAACACCCAUCAUUCCCUGCAAGAACAUCUGGUGACUGGUUGAGACAACAUGGGUUAAAAGCUAAAGGGUUAAAUUUAUACCAAGUACUUGCACCAAAUGCUUACUCAUAUGUGAAUGGCUACAUCUCAUCCAUCAAUCGGAAAGUCCAGUCAAAAGUACAUGAAAUGAGUAUGGCUCAGUUCAGAUGGCAUGAUGGUACAAUCAAAAAUGUCCAUGUUGAUCCUACGCUAUUGUUUGACUAUCAGCGUCAUCUUGAAGCUGCUGUUCAUCUGUACAAGAGACGAGUAGAAUGGUUGUCUGUCGGUGGUAGGAAAAUUUUCGGAACUGUUGUAGAAAAACGGGUUGUCAUCAUUGUAGAUAUGUCAAUAUGUAUGUCACCAGCAGUACUAAGACUUCAGGAACAUAUGCGAAUUCUACUGGAACAACAAAUGGCCAAUAAAACAUCCUAUAAUGUCAUCUGCUUUGGUGAUAAAGUGGAAGUCUUCCGUCCUUCAAUGGUUGAGCCAUCGCCUGAGUAUCUUGAGGCAACUUGGAAAUGGUUUCUGCAGCGUGGGUGCAAGGGAAGCAGGAAUUUCCUUGAUGCGUUCAGAUAUGCUGUGGAAAAUGAAGAAGAAUUGAAAAAAGGAAUUGAAGUUGAAGGGAUUUAUCUAAUUACAAGUGGCGUUCCCGAUGAGCCUAAGGAAGUUGUUUGUGGAUUUGUGAGCGAGGCUUUGGCAGGUCGAAACUCUACGUUACACACAAUAUUUUAUGAAGUCGACGAUGAAGAUGGUCUAGUCGCCAUACCGGGACGUUUUUCUGAUAGAGACGAUACGGCGUCCGUCCUGAAAGACAUGGCCCAUGUCGUACACGGAAGGUUUCACUGGUUUAGAAAUGGAGAUAUUAUUGAAAGUGAUGAUCUGAAGGCUGUUUUGAAUGAGAUGGACAAGUCAUUUAACUAUUCACAAAAGACCACUAUGCUGCUAGAUACUGUACGUAGAAGGAAAAUUCAAACGGAUGAUUUCGGUGAUGACAAUCAACUAGUGCCGAGACCUCCAUCAGCUACGAAAACCAAGAUGGCGUUGACCCCUCCCAGACAUACUGCUUUAACCAAAGCACGAAUGAAUACUCGUCCGCAGACAGCGCACACGAGUCACAGUUCUUCAUCAAACACGAAGGCUAGGCCACGUAGCGCCUCAUCACAAACCAAGGAAUCGACAUUAAAGGCGUUAUGCUGGAAACCCCCCACCGCAAACACUUCAACCUCACUGAUCCCAGUUCCACCUCCCCCAAAGAACUACAUUGUCAAAGAACGGAGGCCAAGUCUUGUUAAAAGCUCGACACAAACGUUUUACACAGAAAACAAGAACGAAACCGGUGCGGUUUUCACGCAAUAUCCAACUAGCACGACAAAGAAACCAAGAAGACCUAUCACUCAUCCGUACAUACCGGACAAAGAAGAGGCUGUUACAACUAGAGAGUGGAUGCGUCACUACAGCCUUUCAAAAUUAAAGCUUGAUCUCAAUAACAUCGUCGGCACUGCAGAGUGUUCACAUGCUAAGAGUAAAGUACAGACACUUGGACAAUCGGUACCAGCAAGGUAUUGUACAAUCUUCCCUACUGUCGAGGUAAAGGGCGUGGUCAAACAUCUGCACUUACUUCCACAUGAACUGAGAGACUACGAAGAACAAGUGGAGAAAGUUAUGAAGCGAUAUGUCAAGCGCAUGCAGUGGCUGAUGAGUGGAAGCAGACGCGUCUUUGGUACGAUUGUAGAGAAAAAGGUUACAGUACUGAUUGACACGUCGGGCUCCAUGGUAACCAGUAUGGAUGAGUUGAAGAGAGAGCUUGCUGCACUGAUUUGGGAUCAAAUUAGAAAUAAGGCAACAAAGUUUAACUUGAUUCGCUUUUCGACGGAGGCGGUGCCAUGGAAACCAACUUUGGUUGAUACCAAUGAUGACACAUGCCAAGAGGCUGUAGAAUGGGUUACUGGGUUUGAGGCGAGUGGAUCCACGUGUACGCUGGACGCGCUGCAGAAAGCUUUUGGAGAUAUUGACGUUGAAGGAAUCUAUCUGCUUACAGAUGGGAAACCAGAUCACAGCACUACCAUGGUGUUACGCGAAUUAGCGAAGCUUAAUUCAUCAAGAAACGUUAAAAUUCAUUGCACAUCGUUUAAUUGCGACGAUAGUGCUGCAAACAAAUUCCUUCAGCUCUUAGCAUCGCAAACAGGAGGAAGGUUUAACCGUUGCCAAGGAGACAAUGAUGGUCACGUGUUUGCUCAUAGGCUACUGACCGAGGGGAUUCGAGACGACGAGCCAAUGAGCAUGCCAGUUUUUGAAGGAGACGAUCUUCGACGACUAGCAAGCGAAAUAGCCUUGUGCAGGAAGUUCUUGUUGCAAGCAAGGUCUUACAGGGCAAUGUUUCCAGACAAGGCUAGGGAAGGUCAACCUACGGGGAAGUCCAAGUCUGUGGAUAAUUUACAAGGAAAAGGUAUAUCUAAUGGCCAUCACCAUCGAAGUGCAUCUGGCAUUUUAGUUAGUUGACUGUCGGGUCGAAACUGAUCUAGGCUGUAUCGUAAAAACAGGGAGAUCUACAAGAGUUUCAAGAAUAUGUAAACUCGGCAAUCUUUUACAAAGGUAGAGACUAGUAAAUUCUCCUGUAUCCGAUGUUAUUGCGGACAUUGGAUAAUAGAGCGGAUUUCGUAUGAGUGGGAAACGGACAGUACUGUACUGUGCGGUAACGGUGUCCCGCUCAUACGAAAUCGGCUCUAGUUUUCUCGUGUUCAAGGAUAUUUGAAUGUAAAAUUGUAUGUUUAUAACUUGAUGUUGUAUUAUUUCAUUAGAAAGUGUACAAGAAAUAUUCUAUAAAAUAAUGAAGGUGUAAAUUUUAUGAUAUUGUAAAAAGGAAUGAAAUAAAAUGGUUUGAUCGAAUAAUUAAAGGACAUUGUGUUGUUGGGCUUCCUGUGGUAUGUGUAAUAACUUACAGUCCAUAUAAAGAUUU